AAACUACAAAAAUCGAGAAAAUGGUUUGUUUUUUUUUUCUAAAAAAUGUUGCCGUUAAAAAAAAGCAGAUUUCACCGUUGGAAAAAAGAAGAUUUCACCUCUUUAAAAUGGGCUGAUUAUUUGAGGAGUAGAGCAGACUCUUCUUUUUCUUUUGUGUUUUUCUGUUUAAUUUUCUCUGUGUUGUGUGUUUUUAGCGUGGCCAUGCCUCUGUUUUGAGUUUUGCUUGUGAUUUCUGGUUUUAAAUUCGUUAUGUGUUUUUAUUUUCCUUUUCUUGUUUGCAUUUGUUUACUAUGUUUGAAUUCAUCUUCUUCUGUUUGUAUACUAUGUUUGAAUUCAUCUUCUUCUGUUUGUAUACUAUGUUUUCAUUUGAUUACCUUGUUUGAAUUCUUUUAUUUUUUCAGUUUUCUUGGUAUUUUGUGUAUUUUCUUCCUGUAGGUGGUGAUUUUUUAAUGGGGCAUGGGCGCAGGCAACAACAAGGAGAACUAUACAUUCGACAAAGUGGUUAAUUGGAGAUGCGCCCAGAAAAUACUCGGUUUAGUGGCACCAUUAUUGGUAUAGGUGAUGUCGAUCCAGUGAGAUGGCCAGCUUCAGAAUGGAGGUCCCUUGAGGUGUAAUGGGAUGAAAUCUCAAUGGUUAGCCAUCCAGAAAGGGUCUCACCAUGGGAAAUUGAGCCAUUUGUGGCUCUAGUUUCACUGAAUCUUUUGCCUGCAGCGAGGAGCAAGCGACCUCGAGCGAAUACACUUCUAGUGUCUCCAUGUUUUUCAAUUCUGGGUUCAAGUCAGGCCUCUAGUGAUUCUAUGCAGGUUCCCACAUUUACUAGGGUCUUGCAAGGUCAAGAGCCAAGGACCUUGGGAUCUGGUGACAGUGAUGCAGAAAACACCCAUAGUUCAAUGAUGUGGAGAUCCAAAUUGGAAGACUUUACAACAGACGAUCUAGCAAUAAGAAGGGUGGGAUCUGAAUCUUGGUUGCACUUGCUGAAGAACCAAUUGCACUUUGCUGAUGGCUUUUCUGGUCUUCAGGGUACAGGAGUCUAUUGGACAUCCAGACUCUCACCAGGACUCUCACUCAGAUGGUCGCUCUGUUCAUGGCCGACAUGAUGCAUGCUGAUUUGCCACUUUAUAGCUCAUGUGUUUAUCUUUUUAUAUAUGUAUUCCAGACUUUCAUUUAGACAUGCACGUAUUGCUACAUUCAGACUUACUUUACAUUUUUAUAUAUUCAAAGUUACUUUAUAUUGAGCUUUUA